AUGUUCAAGAUUGCUAAAGUUAGGGAGCGUAGAAGACAAGAUAUAAAAGCAGUGAAGUUUAUAAAGAGAGAAGAUGGACGUGCUUUAAUUAAAGAACAUGCCAUUAAGUUGAGAUGGCAAACCUACUUUCACAAUCUUUUCAAUGACCAAAUGGCUAACUUGCAAGAAAGCAAAAACACGGUUGCCCAAAGCCAACAGAGGAAUAAUUGCUAUUUUCGGGGUAUCACACAGGGAGAAGUGAGGGUGGCACUUAGGAAGAUGGGAAGGGCUAAGGCAGUUGGUCUAGACAACAUACCGAUAGAGGCGUGGAAAUGUUUGGGAGAGGAAGGAGUUCAAUGGUUUACUGGUUUGUUCAACCUAGGGAUGAGCAAAUACCGAUCCUGUCCCGAUCCCGUCUCGAUACCGAUAAUCCCGAUCCUGAAAUUUCAUGAAUACUUGAUACCGAUACCGAUACUGAAACAUGUCGGUUCGGUACAGUAUCGGUAUUUUGAGGGUAAAAGUCGGUAUUUUACCGAUGCCAUACCGUACCGAUACCGAAAAAACCAAAAUGUGGAUACCGUUUCCGAUACCGAAACAUGUCGGGAUCGGGAUUAUCGGUAUCGGGAUCGGGAUGGGAUCGGUGACGUAGACGAUACUCAAAUUACCAUUGACGGUCAAAUGGUUUCGCAGACAACUAAGUUCAAAUAUCUAGGAUCGUUUGUACAAAGUGAUGGGGAGAUAGAUAAUGAUGUAGUUCAUCGCAUCCAAGCUGGAUGGUAUAGGUGGAGAGUAGCCACUAGGAUAUUGUGCGACAAGAGGUUUCCAACUAAAUUAAAGAGGAAAUUCUAUAUGGUUGCAAUUAGACCUGCUACGUUGUAUGGAACAGACUACUGA